GAAAACUAAAAUAAAAAAAUGUUUCCUUCAGUGAAAAUGAGAACAAUUUCGUUUAUUGAUUUUGAAUGAAGAAAAGAAACUAGACGUUGUGAAUUAUCCAGGAGUUAAAUGAUCUCUCAUAUCUUUAAUAUUAAUAUAAUUCAGUGAAGUUAUUUGGUUGAAUAGUGCAAAAUUUUGGCACCGUACAUAAUUAAUUGGAGACCCUGACCCUCAUUUUGGCGUUACAGUUUUACAGGAUUCAGUGAAUGAUUUGCCGAAUGCCGAUCUCUGAAUUGCGAAUGUAAUAACGUUCUUAUUUGUAGCUAUAAAGUUUAAUUGGGAGACAUCAAAUGAUACGUGAAUUCUAUGACAGUUCCGAUGAAGAUGACAUGGAAAGUCAGUGUCAAAUAGAUCCAGAAUGCCUGGUUCUUACCCGGCCUGAUUGCGAUAUGCAUAAUAGGUGUUGUGGUGGCAAAGCAUGGUGCAUAAAGGAUAUAUGUGGAAUAAUAUGUGCUGUGUUGACAUGGCUCUUAAUACUAUAUGCAGAGUUUGUGGUGAUGAUGGUGAUGCUACUGCCUGGCCUAUCAAGCUAUCCCUUCUAUGCAUACGUCAACAUUUUCAUAUUCCAGAGUUUAGCAUUCCUUGCAUUUGCUUCACACUUGAGAACCAUGUUUACUGAUCCUGGCGCCGUCCCCAAAGGCAAUGCUACAAAAGAAAUGAUAAAACAGAUGAGCUUUCGCGAAGGGCAGGUUAUAUUUAAAUGCACCAAGUGCUGCAGCAUCAAACCGGAACGAGCCCAUCACUGCUCCGUGUGCCAACGCUGCAUCCGGAAAAUGGACCACCACUGCCCGUGGGUGAACAACUGCGUCGGGGAAAACAAUCAAAAACAUAAUGCCACUGUGGUGCUGUUGUUGUUCCUCAUAGCCGAAGCGUUGCUGUUUGCAAUAUUCACCGCCUUCAUGCUCGUCACGCAACUACACGCCAUAUGGAACUAUGAAACCGUGAGUCCAUUACAUUCUAAGGCACAAUGGCGCGAUCGUAGUUCUUAUACCACUGUGGUGCUGCUGUUGUUCCUCAUAGCCGAAGUGUUGCUGUUUGCAAUAUUCACCGCCGUCAUGCUCGUCACGCAACCACACGCCAUAUGGAACGAUGAAACCGGAAUCGAGCAACUGAAGAAGGAGCAAGCCCGUUGGGUUCGGAAAUCGCGAUGGAAGAGUAUACAAUCUGUGUUCGGUCGUUUCUCCAUUCUGUGGUUCUCUCCUUUCACCCAGCCCUCGCCUAAAACGAAGCUUGAGAGCUACCUCUACAGCAUAUAAGGUGCUUUAACUAAAUAUCGUGUACAAAGUGCACUUGUGGGGUCACGUGAAUUAAAGGGCAGCAUCACAUAAUACAUAUAUAACAACCUUGUUUCCAUGGUAACAAGGACCGUGGUGUUUAAGCCAUAGAGAAGGCAAAGAAUCAUUUAACUUACAAGAAGCACAUUCUCCUAGAACUAAGCUUAAAGUUGUGCGGGACUUCUCCUAAUCUCAGUAUGAGAACCCGAAUGGGCAUUGUCUUACUCAUAUCAUCAGCAAUGGCUUGUAAGCAAUACGAUUUUGUAAUAAUUUAAUGUAUAAAAUCUUAUAAUCACCCUAUUGUGGUGACUUUAACUGUCAUUAUUAUUUACGUGUGUAAAAUAAAUUAUUUUUUAUUUAGUUGAUUUACAUGUGUACGAAUCUAUAAUGCAACAACCAAAAAUGACUGAUAAUGGAAUUAGUAAGGAAGAAUGCUAUCUUAUAAUUGAGGUAAGAUGAAAAUCUGCAUUUAUUAAUAGUUGUCUUUAAUGUUCUGCUUAUGUUGGGGUAUAUUUUUGAUAGGCUUCCAACCAGUUUGAUAUCUAUUAAAGACUAUUAAUAAUCGUUUCACAAAAUGUUGGCGAAAUGGGGUUACAAAUUGUGAUGAAUACAUGAGACAGGAUUAGGUUAAACAUGUUCAGUAAAAAAAAAUAUCCAAUUUGGAAUCUUAAUUGUAAUUUGUGAGUUAUUGGUUGUUAAAUCAUUCUAAUCUAUAUAUGAGGUAUUUUCAAGUCUAAAUCAUGUCACGUCUAAGCGAUGUGGUUUUUCUUAGAAAUUGUUCCCUGAAAAUGUUAUAUAUCUAAAUAUUGUCAACCUUUGCAAGAAACAUUUAAAACACAAUACUCCAUUCAUUAUCGAACCAAUAUCCCGUUUUUCUAUAUAUUUGAAAAUGACACCAAACACUUUGCAUUUAUUAAACAUGUUUCAGAUUAAUUUAAUAGUUACUCAAAACAAGUCUCUAGCACCAGAGAAAUUCCAAAAAAAAAAUAACAAAGUUUUGUCACAAAAUGUCGCAUCUGUGUUGACAAAAUAUAUUUACAAAAUGACUAACAACAUGACAUUAAUGUGUGAAAUUUUCGUUUAUGAAUUCUAAAAUCGGUAUUGUAAAAAAUGGAUUAUGGAACCAUUGUGUCAAACCUUCAAACCAAAUUGAAUUUUGGCGGAACUAUUGUUUUUUUUUUGCACAUGGUGCUUUUUCCCAUACAAUUUAAUGUGUAUGUUGUAUGUAUAAGUAAUAAUAAAGUAUAAUGAGAUCAAGAUCAAUAAAUAGUAAGUCUACUGGAAUUAAGUUAUCAUAAAUGUUUUCGUGUGUCAUUAAAUUAUAUUGAUUUCUUUACGCAUUCGCGUCCAGUGUAUAUGUCGCAACCAUUUAGUAAAAUUAGUCUGCCAAUUGGACGCCAUUAAAUGCCGGCAUUUAAUUUUUAUGAAUUGCCUAGAUUUCCAAUAGGCUGUCUAAUAUAACCAAAUGGCUGCGAUGCAACAUAUACAUUAUACGAAGAAAUAUUGUGCUGUCACAAAUAUCAGAUAGAAGUUUCGCUUGGAAAUAAUUAUAUAGUAAUUCCUUAUUGACAAAUUGAUUAUUGCUUUAUUUUGAUUAUAUUUUUAUGUAAUGUAGGUAAUUUAAGAAAGAAAUGGGUAACGAUCAUCGAAAUGUGGCGUGGCAACAAGUUAUUAAUUCUUUUUGAAAGUUUAAUUUCUCGAUGGACAUUUCUUUUUCUAAAUGGCGUUUGGGUAUGUCUGUGUGUGUGUGUGUGUAUGAAAAUGUACAGACAAAUAAUAGGUUGAAAUUGAUAAAGUUUUGGAGGAAUAAAGUUACCUCUUCGAAAUCGUAAGCUGAACCUUAACUACAUCUCAUAUAUAAGUUAUUAUUGUCUACUGUGAUUCCUCGAUAAGUAACAAAAUUCAUCCUACAGACCAAGUUUCACACAGAACAUUUUAGAUUAAAAAUUGUAGUUAAAGAAAUCGUAGAACCAAUUUCACUAUGGCGAUUAGUAAAACUGAAUCGGCGCUAAAAUUACAAUUCAGUGUAUUGUAUUUUUAUAAGUACUUUUGUAGUGAGUACUAGUUAUUUUGUGUAUACUUUACUUGAAAUUAUUUCCGGAGACAUUGUUAUUGGACUGCUGUCUCCUUCGUGUUGGGUAUUAUUUUCAAUCGGUUACGUAACCGAUUAGUUCUUCCAUUUUUAUUUAUAAGUAUACUAUGUAUAGUCCAGUAUUCCCUCAUUUGAGUGAAUAUUAAAGUAUCUUUUAAUGGUUUGUGUCAUUGAACUUUGAAUGGUCAUCUAGUAUGUUAUUUAGGUGUAGAUUUGCUAGAACCUGUUGGUUAUAAAGCUACCCAUUCCUAAUAUUGUACACUUGAGUAUCAUGUUUUUUUUAAACUAUUUGUUUACUUCACUAUCAAUUUGUGUCUUUUGCGAGAAGUUUAGGUUAGGCACUCUUAAAAAAUAAUGCACUGUCAGUAUUUAAGAGUUUUGUUAUACAACGCAAUGUGUUUUGAAAAGUUUUUGAUAACAUUACCAGUGCACCGAACAUAUUAUUGCUGAUAGUGGCAAUUGUUUUUCUAAACAAAACUUACUGAUAAAUUAGUGUAGUGUAGUCAUAGUUUUUUUAUGAAGCACUAACCCUUUAAUAAGCAUCCGUUAGAUGUAAUUCAUUGAGGAUUCGAUAACAUAUAAUUUUUAAUAUACAGUUCUAUUUUGUUGUUCGCACAGUAUUAUUAUAGAAAUGUACUGCUACGAUAUGCUCUUUAGGCCGCACUCACAGACCUAAUUAAAUUUUAUAUUCUCAAAAGUGACGUGUCGUCAUUUUAUAGUAAGUAUACAAAUUAAUAGAAGCUAACCAAUAAUUAAUGUAGGUAACUUAGUGCGGUCAUGAGUCAUAAGAUCAAAAAUUCAAUACUUUAGUAAACUCCAUUCAUUUUCAACAAUUGUAUUUGAUGAAUUCGUUCAAUUGAACAUCUCUUUGUUCAUUUAGAUUGUAUAUAGGUAAAAAUAUUACGUUGAAGAAUGUUUAAAAGAGAUGUAUCACAAGAUAAGGUAGUAAUCAUUAUAAAUAGUAGUGACUUUAAGGAAUUGUGAUCUUAUCUUCUCAUUGCUAAUCUAUCGAUUCCUUUAAAAAAAUCGUUUAAUCUCUGUUUUUUUUAAUUAUCUGUCACACGCCUAAAUUAUAUAUCAAAACGAUCUAUUGGAUUUAAUAUAAAGCUAUUAUAUUUUGAUAGAGAAGUAACACAUAUAUUUUUGUAUAGUUAAAAUCAUAUUUUUAUUAAAUCGAACAUGGUACUAUGCACUGGAAUACAAAUUGUCUUUAGAUAUUCUUGUAAAUUGAAUUUCUUAAUAAAUGAUGAUUGGUACACCUGGGUGUACACUUAAAUAUGAUUAUCGUUUUACGGAAAGCUGUAACUGAGCCUCGUUCUUCUACGAACAAAAUGCAAUUUAAACAAUUUGUAUAAUAUAAAUUGUUUAAAU